AUGAUUUUAAGAAUUAAUAAACAAUUUUGGAAAACCUUUUGUUCAACUAAGCCUUAAGGUUAGGAUAAAAAGAAUGUAAUAUAUGCAAUGCCACAUCCUAUAUGGAAAUAAGAGGAAGUAAACAAUGUUAAGAUAGAUCAUAAAUAACCAAUAACUUUUGGUGAUAGAUUUGCUCAUUUAUUUAUUUAGUCAAUGAGAGUAGGAUUUGAUGUUUUAAGUGGAUAUAGAAAAGUAUUUCCAUGGUAGGACAAUAUAAUAUCAGAAAAGAAAUGGAUAAAUAGAGUUCUAUUUUUAGAGACAGUAGCAGGUGUACCAGGAUUUGUAGCAGGAAUGCAUAGACAUUUAAGAUCAUUAAGAGGGAUGAAAAGAGAUUUAGGUUGGAUACAUACAUUAUUAGAAGAAGCAGAAAAUGAAAGAGUUCAUUUAUUAACAUUUCUUACUAUAAAAAAACCAUCAUUAAUAUUUAGAUCAGGUGUAAUAUUAGCUUAAUUAUGGUAUGUUGCAUUAUAUUCUAUUGCUUAUAUGAUAUAACCAAGAGUAUGUCAUAGAAUAGUUGGAUAUUUAGAAGAAGAAGCAGUUAAAACUUAUACUCAUAUGAUUGAUGAAAUUGAAAUGGAAGGCAGUUCUAUUCAUUCAUGGAAAACUAGACCAGCUCAUUAAAAUUCUAUUGAAUAUUGGAAAUUAUCAUAAAAUGCAACAUUAUUAGAUGUAGUCAAAGCUAUCAGAAAAGAUGAAGAACAUCAUAAAGAAGUUAAUCAUAAAUUUGCUGAUGAUUAUACUUAAUAAUCAUAAAAUCCAUUCCCACCAGGAUAUUGA